UGAACACCCGUAAUCCAAAUGAAGCCAAACUAUUGUUUCAUUCUCCAAAAUAUAAUAAAAAUAAUAACUUAAUCCCGCGCAAGGCGCGGGUCUUAUCCUAGUUAACUGGUAAAUUUGAUUAUAUAGUGCAUCGCCUUUCACAUCCAUUGUUUUCAAAUUAACUGGUAAAUUUGAUUAUAUAGUGCAUUAUAAUAUAUUGUUAUAGUGGAUAUUAUGAUCACUAUCAAUUGGUUGUUUCAAGUGAGUUUUAUUUUUAUUGUUUCUUUUUACAAUUUGAAAACAAGAGCAAUAAUAGUAACUUGGGAUGGAGACGUACGAUGAGUGGGUGAAGAAAAUGAGAGGGAGAAAUGGUAAGAGGGAUAAAUAAAUGCUAUAAAUACACCCAACGCCCCUUCUCUCAUUUUCUCCUUCUUCGACACGCACGAGAGAGAGAGAUGUUUGCGGUGGAGAAUGGGUUGCAGGGAGACCCAAGACUACAGACCAUCUCAGAUGCCAUUCGAGUCAUCCCUCACUUCCCUAAGACUAGGAUCAUGUUUCAAGACAUAACGACGCUGUUGCUGGAUCCAGUUGCCUUCAAACAUGUCGUUGAUAUCUUCGUGGAUCGUUACAAGCACAUGAACAUCUCUCUCGUUGCCGGCGUGGAGGCAAGAGGGUUCAUAUUUGGACCUCCCAUCGCAUUAGCCAUAGGUGCCAAGUUCGUUCCUCUACGUAAACCAGGAAAAUUACCCGGGAGAGUGAUAAGCGAAGAUUACGAGCUUGAGUAUGGAAAUGAUCGUCUAGAGAUGAGUAUGGAGGCUGUCAAAACCCACGAACGAGCUCUGGUCAUCGACGAUUUAGUUGCCACUGGUGGAACACUCUCCGCUUCUAUUAACCUCUUGGCGCCCAAUUAUACGUACUUUAGAGCGAGCAGGGGCCGAAGUUGUGGAAUGUGCAUGCGUUGUUGGUUUGCCUAAAUUCAAGGGGGAGUGUAGGCUGAAGGGGAAACCAUUGUACGUUCUGGUCGAGCCUAGCCAGUUAGACUAACUAACCUUUGAAGCAGUUACGUGGUCAACAUCUCUAUCUAUUUCUCCAAAAUUCCAGCUAGAUGUAAUAUCAAUGGUUAUGACAAAUAAUAAUAUGAUUGGUGUAACCAGUCUAUAUGUAGUUAAAUUGUUCAAAUCUUAUUAUAAUACAUAUGGGGUGAUUCAUGCUAUAGCUUAAUAUAGGUCUCUUAGGAUGACGUUUUUAGCGCAAUAUAAGAUACGGUCUCUUAGUUCUUAAAAGAUAUAUUUUUUUUAGUUUUUUUAGUUAAAAACUAAGAGAUUGUAUCUUAUAUUACGCUAAGAAUUUUACUUUAAAAGAUUUUUAUUAAUCAUGCUCUUAAAAGUUACUUUGUAGCUCGCCACUAGGCAAGCUGCUUGUUUCACCACAGUUCGGUUUUAAACCUAUUCGGGUUGUCUGAUAUGAUUUCUGUGAAAAAAUAAAGAAAUGAAGUUCAAAGUUGUGAGAAAAAGAAAAGAAAAAAAACGUUUUGGUGCAACUACGCGCAAAUAGCUAACGUGAAUAAGGUAAAAGUACAAAAGAGCCCCUGCGGCUAAUAGAGGUCCUGAAACUACUGUAGACAGAUAGGAAACCUGGAGGCUCCUUCUCCCCUUCUUCCCGUAGUACAGUAUCUUCUUCUUCUUGUUUUGACAGGGACAUUAGAAUCGAAUCAUUACUCCAUCUCCUCCGGCGUCAAAGAGGUUCCGAUGUUAUUCUCCUUCGAAAUCUCCACUCUGGCCCUCUCCGUCCUCUGUCGCUUGAUCAGCUUCGCACUGUGUUUCCUCACCUUGAACUGACGUUCUUGUGAAAGCACUAGAAGUCAAGAUCAUGGGAGUGAUUUCAAAGCUGCUAUGAAAAGCUUAUACUCUUUGGUUUCUGCUGAUGAUAAAAUAGCUCAAGAUUUCUGACUGGGUUGCAUUGUUAGUCAGGGAAGUGACACCCUAUCUACUGGUACUGAUGAUGCCAAAGUCUGUUCAGCAACUGUCUUGGAAGCUUUAGCGAAGGUGUUAAGCGCACGUGCUCGUGAACAAGUAGCAAACAAGUUCCAAGAGGAGAGUGCAGCAACAAGUAGAAGCCCUAAUCAAGGACAACGCAGUGCUGAAACGUGCUGUUGCAAUCCAGCACGAGCGUCGAACCAACAGCAGCUAGAGCUUUUGAAGCAACUGAUUCCUCAGUACCAGGAAAAGAUGAGAAAUCUGGAGGGAACCAUCGAGAUACUGUUUUUUUUUUUUAAUAUUGAUUGGAUUUUGUUAAUGGUAUAUAUGCUGAACAUGCACAUGAGGUCACAUAAUAAUUGGGAAGUUUGAAACA